GUUAAGGACAUGUCCUGUGGGAAAGGCUGGACGAUGUUUGAAGAACGUUGCUACCAGAAGUUUCCCUCCCCGCUUGUCUGGUGGGCUGCGGAGAGGUACUGCCAAGCUCUGGGUGGUCAUCUGGCUGCAGUCAACACGCCACAGGAAAACGAGUUCAUCCGCAGCAGCUUAGGAAACGGGUGGAUAGGGCUGACGCUUGAUGCCAUUUUGAUAAAGAACGAAAGACAGAAAAUAGUCAAUUUGACGUGGAGUGAUGGAAGUCCUGCCGGAAACGCCUUCCGGGAACAAAACAUCUCAUACGAUGUUUUCCAGGAAUACAUUUGGCGACUCAACGACCCUUUCUGUGCUUUCCUAGAAGACCACGAUUCCUGGAGUCUCCAACCUUGUAGCCUGAUCGAAAAAGAAUUCAUAUGCGAAAAAGAUCCUUCAUCCAAUAUCGGAGGUGAUGCCAACGAUAGUGAACAGUGUAACAACGCUGAUCUAAUAGCUGGCAGAGACGAUUUUCACACAUAUAUUCCGGAUAUGACAGUGUGUGAUGAUUGUAUGGCACAUCAGACAAGCUGUGGGUAUGUCCGAUGUGGCAGCUUUGACCAAUACCGCUGUGGCCUGAUCUACUCUCCCGGAUACCCGACUGCCUUUCCUUCUUCAGUCAUCUGCUUGUGGACCAUCGACGGUCCGAGCGGAAGCUACGUCAGUUUAGUGCUGCUGGAUGUAGAUUUGCCCGGAUAUUCAGGAGGUGCCUGCACCAGCCGUGUGCUGCAAAUCAGGGAUAGGUUCCUGACGGUAGGGUGGAAUACGAUCCACGGGCUGUGUCGUGGUGAAAACGAGCAAAGGCUCUUUGUCUCGAGCUCCAAUGACAUGCAGUUGGCCAUGCUGGCGACACGAAGUGGUGGUGAUGUCGGCGGCACUCGUGGAUUUAUGGCAACGUUCAACAUCAGUACGUUCAUCGCCAGCGGUCAGGUACAAAACCUUCCGGAUGAUGCAGGGUUCAUUUGCCCAUGUGGUUGGCAUUUGUUCCGUCGAAACUGCUACCAGACCUUCCUGCACAACGUACCAGUCAACUGGAAAGAGUCAGACGCUAAGUGCCGAGAGGUUGGUGCCAACUUGACCAGCGUCGCUGACCGACAGGAAAUGGAGUUUCUGCACCUGCUUCUGGUCACCAACGUUGUUGUGAAGCGUAUUGCUGAUCCAAAACUUUAUAUAGGUCUGUACGACAUCUAUAGAAAUCGAACUUUCGCCUGGACAGAUGGUACCCCCGUGACAUUCACGGACUGGUCGCCUGUGGAUAUCCGCACUGGGUUUCCACAACCAGAUGGGGCUGACAUCAACUUCUGUGUUGCCAUAGUGAUGAAAAACGUUUGGGGUACUGACCAAUGGUAUGACGUGGCCUGUGACGAACGAGACACUAGAUCCUUCAUUUGUAAGGGAAAGGCUGAACGAGUGACCCGCUCAGGAAAUGAUGUAUAG